CAGCUAGUUAAUGUUAUGAAACUUUGUUGUUAGGUUUGAAAAUAUAUUGUUAGGGUUUAAGGUAAGGUAUUUAGUAUGUGAGAUUUAUCUCCCAGUUUAAUUGUUGUGUUCAUCUAAUGUUGUUUAUCAAUAAUAGCUUUUCAUGAGACCCUUCUCUUUUGUGGAAACUAAGAAUCAUCAUACUUUAUAUCAUAUAAUCUACUGCAGUAGGUAAAGAUUGUGACAAAAUUUAUUCCGUUAUAUCACUGUCUAUUGUGAUACCCCACUUUUAUUUUUCUUCAACCUCUUUCCUGUCUUAGCAAUUUAGUCUUAAUUAAUGUUAUGUUUCUCCUUGUGAACGUAAAGACAAUGGAUGAUGGCCUUCAUGGAAACAACGGUGGAAUGCACAAUGGCGGAGAUGAACAUCCAAUGCAUGUGCAGUAUGAGCAUCACGUUAUGAUGGAUGACAACGCUGAUGAUGAUGGGAUGAAUGGUGGACUUGAGCCAGACAUUCCUUCUCACCUUGGAAACCCAUCUGACCAUCGCGGCGAAGUUGUGGACCGUGGCAGUGAAAAUGGAGACCAGUUGACGUUGUCCUUUCAAGGACAAGUUUAUGUUUUUGACCAUGUUUUGCCUGAGAAGGUUCAAGCUGUGCUUUUGUUACUUGGUGGACGGGAAGUACCACAGACACUCCCUACAGCCCUAGGAUCACCUCAUCAGAACAAUAGGGUACUGGGUCUAUCUGGUACUCCUCAAAGGUUAAGUGCCCCACAGCGGCAAGCCUCGUUGCUCAGAUUCAAGGAGAAAAGAAAAGGGAGGAAUUUUGGUAAGACCAUUCGCUACACUGUCAGGAAGGAGGUAGCAUCGAGAAUGCAGCGUAAGAAAGGUCAGUUCACAUCUGCCAAGUCAAGCAAUGAGGAUUCUGCAUCCACAGGAUUGGAUUGGGAAUCAGGCCAGAGCUGGGCCUUAGAAGGAUGUGAAUCUCAGAAGCCGGAGGCUAUAUGUCGGCACUGUGGAACGAGUGAGAAUUCGACACCGAUGAUGCGGCGUGGACCUGAAGGGCCAAGGACACUGUGUAAUGCAUGUGGACUGAUGUGGGCAAACAAGGGAGCUCUUAGAGACUUAUCCAAAGCCCCUCCUCCUCAAAUAACCAGGCAUCAGCCUGCAAAUAAGAAUGACGACUCAAAUCUUGAGGCUGAUCAAAUGAUGGUAGUAGCUGGUGACAUUAGCAACUCAAACUGAGAAAAGUAUUGCGAGCAAGAAAAGAUGUGAGUUGGGUUUAGGGUUCUUUGGGACACUCAUAUGAAUUUGCUGUUUUACUCAUUUAGAAGAUUACUCAUCAGAAGAGAAAAAACACAUUUGCUCAGUCUCUCUCAACUGUAUUAUUUUCUUGCUCAAGUAGAAACAGUGAACAGUUGCUUGUCUUUAACUUUUUAGUAAAUCCCAUA